GUAAAAAUGUCACAAUAAUAAAAGUUGCCAUGUAGCAUGACACUUGUCAUUUGAAAAAUUAUUUUAGUCAUUAGUCAAUAACAAUAAAAUUAUUUAGUUGCUGUUAGAUAAUAGAUAUAGGUAUUAUGUAACAAGUUUGACUUCUAUUUUAUUAUGUAUAACUCCAAUUAAUAGUACGAUAUAGUUUUGUGUGCAACAUUAAAGAUCUCCAUCAAUAACAAGUUUCAUAAACCGGACUAUUUGUAUCUGUUCCUACUACGAUUACAUAAAACUAUCAGCAUGUCAUCGAUGAAGAUGAUAAGCCGUGUUUCCAGUCGAGUGUUGUCCGGCAAAGGAUUAUUGUCGGAGCCGGUCGAGUUGUCAAUUUUAUUGCCGCGAAAGACAUACUCAAAUCUACGAACCAUGGCUUCUAAAGCGAUUACUAUGGAAAAUAUCAACCCUAAUGUUGUGAAGUUGGAAUAUGCCGUUCGCGGGCCCCUGGUCAUCCGUGCGGCAGAAAUAGAGAAAGAAUUAGAAAAGGGCGCAAAGAAGCCGUUCAAGAGAGUAAUUCGGGCGAACAUUGGUGACGCGCAUGCCAUGGGACAAGUGCCCAUCACAUUUAUCAGACAAGUAUUAUCGUGCAUCACAAACCCCAGCAUCAUAGAUAAGAUAGAUUAUCCCGAAGACGUGAAGCAGAGAGCAAGGGAUAUUCUUGCGGCAUGCGGUGGGCAAUCAGUAGGAGCCUAUACAGCAUCCCACGGUAUAGAGUUAAUCCGCCGACACGUGGCAGAGUAUAUCUCGAAACGCGACGGGCACCCGAGCGACUGGAACAACAUCUGCCUUGUGGGCGGCGCGUCCAAUGGGAUCAAGAACUGUUUGCAGUUGCUGGUCAAUAAUAUUGGCGGGAAGCCUUCUGGUGUAAUGAUCCCCAUCCCCCAGUACCCGCUGUACUCCGCGUCCCUAGCAGAGUACGGUCUGACCCAAGUGGGCUACUACUUGGACGAAUCAGCUCAGUGGGGACUCGACCCUAAGGAGUUAGAGCGCUCUAGAGAGGAGGCCCUCAAGCAUUGCAACGUUAGGGCCAUCGUGGUCAUUAACCCUGGCAACCCUACGGGACAGGUGCUAACCCGCGAGAACAUCGAAGCAAUUAUCCGUUUCGCGAACAAGCACAAUCUGUUCAUAUUCGCGGACGAGGUAUACCAGGACAACGUGUAUGCAGAGGGCAGCAAGUUCUUUUCCUUCAAAAAAGUGAUGACAGAGAUGGGCGAGCCUUUCAAUAAGAUAGAAUUGGCCUCCUUCAUGUCUAUCAGUAAGGGUUACAUGGGCGAGUGUGGUCUCCGCGGCGGGUGGAUGGAGCUGGCCAACUUGGAGCCGCAAGUGCAAGCCAAUCUGUACAAGGCCAUCUCCGCCAUGCUGUGCCCGAGCUCGCUGGGACAGGCCGCCGUUGAUACUGUCGCCAAACCCCCCGCCCCCGGUGAACCCUCCUACGAUCUCUGGAUCAAGGAAAAGACAGACGUGUUACAGUCUCUCAAUAAACGCGCCAAAAUGAUCGCAGACACCUUCAAUGCUAUGGAGGGCUUCAGCUGUAAUGUUGUGCAAGGAGCAAUGUACGCGUUCCCGCAAUUCAAACUAUCGCCGAAAGCGAUCGAAGCCGCGAAGAAGGAGGGCAAAGCGCCCGACGUGUACUACGCGUUCAAACUGCUCGAGCAAACCGGUAUCUGCAUAGUGCCAGGCUCCGGUUUCGGCCAAAAGCCCGGAACGUACCAUUUCCGCACGACCAUCUUGCCGCAGACGGACCUCUUGCAGGAAAUGUUGGACAUCUUCCGGAAAUUCCACGAGAAAUUCACCAAGGAACACGCGUAAUUAGGAAAUGGAAAUGCGGAAAUGUGAUUUUUAAUUUUCUUUUGUUAUAAGCUCGCUGAGGGGGGUAAACGGGAAAUAAAUUUGGAGGACUUCGUGCCUUGAAUUAUGACGUGAAUUAGAUAAUUUGUUUGUACAAUUAGGUAUUAGUUAAUAAUACCUAUAUAACAAUAAUUCAAUAAUUUUAUUAUCCAAAAUAAUAUGUGUAUGUUAAUGUUUGUUUUAUCAAAUCCAAUAUUAUUUUCAUAUUUUCAUCUAUUAUUCUUAAAAUUAUAUAAUUACACUAAGUUAAUAGAAUUACGUACAUGAUAAGUAUGUAAUUAUUCUGAAUGUCGGUUUAUUCCCCUUGACAGCGUUUAUUUUAAUUAUUAUUUUACAAAGUUUACCAACAGGUAUAGUGAUAUGAUAUUAAUUUUUAAUUAAUUAUUUGUCGAAAAUAUAAAUACUAUGAUAUUAUGUGCUUAACAACGUACACCAAUUGCUGUGAGUUUUAUGUUAUUUUAGUAAGAACAGAUAAAUUUAAUAAUAUAUUUAAUUAUUUUUGCUCAUUGAAAGAAAAUCGUAAAAUGUAACAAGGAAUGUUGUGGUUGUUUCAAUACGAAUUCGUAUUGUUAAAAUAUUGUUUUUGUUAAUAAUUGUGAUUUUUUGUAUCGUCAAAACUAAGUAACCUUCUAAAGGUUUUGUGCUUUUCAAAAUAUAUUUUUAUUGAUAUUAUUUAUAAAUUAUUUCGUAUUUCGAUGACGGCAACUGAUUUUUCUCAUUUUAUAUUUUAGCGGUAAAAUUCCACAGGAACGUUAGUUAUGAAGUUUAGACUAGUCCAGUCGUGCCAUUUUAUUGAAACUAAUGUUGCACAAAAAAACCUGCAUUUUUAUAAUUUCUAAAACAGUUCCUAAAAAGUGAAAAACAAGUAUUAAUUUAAAAAUGUAACUGCUAUAAUAUACAGUCGAAAUAUAACAUUGCAUUUGAAAGUGUGUUUAAUACUUAUUGAAAUAGAGUCGAAAAUAGUGAUGAGUGAAGUGCGACAUUCCCGCUGUACCAUUGAGAUUGUUAUAUUGUUAAUAAACGUAUGUAUUGAUA